CUUCCCAGUGUGACAACUUCAUCAACGAAACGAUCUCACCCCCAACGCCCAGUCUCUCCACCGUCAACACACCCAGAGACCAUCACGACAAUCGGCAAAAAUGGCGGACAACGACUCUCCCGUCACCCUCCGAACUCGCAAGUUCAUCCGCAACCCUCUGCUGGGCCGUAAGCAGAUGGUCGUUGACAUCCUCCACCCCAACCGUGCCAACAUCUCCAAGGAGGAGCUCCGCGAGAAGCUCGGUUCCCUCUACAAGGCCCAGAAGGACCAGAUCUCCGUCUUCGGUCUCCGAACCCAGUUCGGUGGUGGCAAGACCACCGGCUUCGCUCUCGUCUAUGACUCCCCCGAGGCCAUGAAGAAGUUCGAGCCUCAGUACCGAUUGGUGCGCGUUGGCCUCGCCACCAAGGCCGAGCGUGCUUCCCGACAGCAGCGCAAGCAGCGCAAGAACCGACAAAAGACCCUCCGAGGUACGGCAAAGGUCAAGGGUGCCAAGGCGAAGAAGGAGAAAUAAACGAUUCAUGGCUUGGCUUGUGUAUAUCCUCGGGCUGGUUGGGGAGCGGCUGCUGUUAUGUCUGCAGCUGCGUGCAUUCGGUGGUCAUGCGGGUGCGUCCAUUUACUACGGUCCAUCCUCGUCGUCGGCGCCGGCUUUGGCAUAGGGUACAGGGACUUGCUGGCGGACGCGGGGGCUAUCUGGACUCGACGAGGGGGAUUGAAGGCUAUGCUUUCACAUUCCUUGCUCAAUACACUAGCAUGAAAUCAAUGGUGUUUUUCGGGUUUCGGACCAAAAACAAAAAAUAGCAACGUCUCUGAUUUUCACGCGGGUCUG